AUGAAAAUAUUUGAAGAUAUUAAAGGUAAAUUCAAACAAUUGGUGGAAACAUAUCAAGAUAUAAUUGAUGAAUGUAACGAUUCAAAUUUAAAUAAUCAAAUAUUAAACGGAAAAUUAGAUUUUUGGUACACUAAAUAUUCAAAUUUAACAUCUUUCGAACUCAAGAACAAAAAUGCUAUUCAAGUAUACUUCCAAACUAGUUCAGAUGUUUAUCUAUUAAUAUCUAAACUUUUUCAAAUAUUUAUAACAUUUCCAGUGUCUACUGCCAAGGGAGAACGACCGUAUUCAACACUCCGUCGUUUGAAAACGUAUUUGAGAAAUUAUUCGGGACAAAUACGUUUAAAUGGUUUAUCCUUACUAAAAUAUAUUCAUCGCGAUAUCAACGUGAAUAUCAAUGAUAUUAUAGAUGAACUUGCUAAAACAUCGAAACGAAAAAUGAGUGUACAUUUAUAA